CUUAUAAUUCAACUCUCUUAUCUUUUUUUGGUUGCCUUUACCAAAAAUACUCAUAGUUCUCUCUGUGUAUACACACACACACACACAACAUUCAUGGUACUCUAAUCAUCCAAGCCACUCGUGAUUGAUUAAACAAGGUUCCAUAUUAAUUUGAAGCAGAAAGACAUGGAAAACUCUGUGUUGUUUUUUCUUCUAUCUUUCUGCUUCGUUGCUAACCAAGUUUUGAUUACUAAUGUCAAUGGUGAUGAACAACAUCGCUUGGUGUCAGCAUUGUAUGUGUUUGGUGAUUCCCAUGUUGAUGCCGGAAACAAUGCUCAUUUGAACACACCAGCACAGGCUAAUAGGUGGCCUUAUGGAAUUGAUCUUUAUAAUAUAACGGGUCGAUUCACUAAUGGGAAAAAUAUGGCUGACUUUAUUGCAACUUAUUUGGAUUUACCAAUGCCUCCUGCAUACUUAAAUCUCACGGAUUUUGAAAGAAGUCAAAUAACGACAGGAAUAAGCUACGCAUCAGGAGCAUGUGGGAUCUUAAACACGACAGGAGUAGGAGAAUGCUUGACAUUAUCGAAACAGGUGGGAUACUUCACAUCAACUGUGACAAAAGAUCUCCCAAAGGCAAUAAAUGACAAAGAGAAAUUGCAGAAAAACUUGGCCAAUUCUUUGUACCUUGUCCUUAUUGGAAAUAACGAUUACUCCGAAAGGAUGAGCAAUAAAAAUGUCACCAACAAAUACUGUCCUCAAGACUAUGCAGAUUACCUUCUUAAUGAAACCUCAGGUCAUAUCAAGACACUUUAUGAACUCGGAGCUAGAAAAUUUGUAGUUUUGGGCAUUUCAACGUGUGGGCCACAAAACUAUACAAAAGGUUGUGAAUCAAGAUACUACGUGGACAAACUUCCUCAAAGGUUGCAAAAGUUACAAUCUGAACUCUUCGGUUCAAUAUUUACCAUAUAUGAUGUCUACAAGGUGUACAACAAGAUUACGGGAAAUCCUCAGAAAUAUGGGAUCACGAACACGCAAGAACCUUGUUAUGUGGACCAUGGACCAGUUUGUCCUGAUAGAUCAAAAUAUCUCAAAUUUGAUCAAUAUAGCCAUCAAACUCAAGUCGCAUAUGAAAUAGCUGCAAAGGAAUGCUUCAGUGGAACUGCUUGUUCCCCUUAUACUAUUUCUCAGUUAGCCAAGGCAUCCAUCAUCAAUCAUUGAUAGAAAAUGUAACAAAUUUAAGUGAUUUAACAUUAAAAACAUUGUAUUGGAUUAUUUUCUGAUUUGAAGUUUGAUUGAGGUUGGAAUAAAAAUAAUUGACAUUU